CGACGUCGGACGUGCAGGGUGUGCUAGGCAAGAAGGCAUCGCUGCCGUGCGACAUUCAGCCGCUGCACGCAGACGACGCCGUCGUCAUGGUGCUCUGGUUCAAGGAGUCCGACGGGGAACCACUUUACAGUUACGACAUCCGAGGUCGUUCGUACACGCAGCCAAAGCUGUGGUCGUCGCCCACUGUGUUCGGCAACCGCGCCUUCUUCCGCGGUGGCGCAACGCCCGCUGUCCUCAUGAUCGACAACGUAGCCGCCGUCGAUGCCGGCGUCUACAGGUGUAGAGUUGACUUUAAGAAUUCACCUACCAGAAAUCUUAAGGUCAACUUUAGCGUUAUAAUCCCGCCGAGCCGGCCGACAAUUUACGACGCGAAGCGCAGAGACAGGACCAAACUAGUAGAGCCUUACAACGAAGGAUCUAAUGUUUUACUCAUUUGCGAGGUGGAAGGAGGUGUACCAAGGCCGAGGGUGACCUGGUAUUUGGAGAAUGUUGUGAUAGACGACUCUUACGAGCAGCGCCCCGACGGCAUCACUAUCAACACUCUCACAUUCCCAAACGUUGGUAGACAGCAUCUCAAUGCGAGGCUCGUCUGUCAAGCUUCAAACACUAAUCUAGCGCCGCCCGAAACCAAAGUACUGAUCUUAGAUAUAAAUUUAAAACCGAUUACGGUAACGAUAUUAACGAAAGAAAAGCAAGUGUCCGCCGACAAGAGGUACGAGGUGGAGUGUAAGACGACCGGUUCGCGGCCCGAGGCGACUGUCACGUGGUGGAAAAACAAUAGACAACUCAAGCGGAUGGCGAAAAACUUUUCUGAGAACAACGAAACGCUAAGUGUGCUGAGCCUGGUGCCGGCUGUCGAGGACGACGGACGACAGCUGACCUGCCGCGCGGAGAAUAAGCACAUACCUGACUCCGCCAUUGAGGACAAAUGGAGACUUAACGUACACUAUGUGCCUAUCGUUGAUCUCAAGAUGGGAUCCAAUUUGAACCCUAACGAGAUAAAGGAAGGGGACGACGUUUACUUCGAAUGCACGGUGAAGGCGAAUCCCAAGACACACCGAUUGGUUUGGUUUCAUGACAACUCCGAGAUCUUCCACAACGAGGCGUUAGGCGUUAUCCUGAGCGCGCAGAGCCUGGUGUUGCAGAGCGUUACGCGGCGCGCGGCCGGCGACUACGCCUGCAUGGCUGCCAACAGCGAGGGCAAGGGCACCAGUAACCCCGUCACGCUGCAAAUACGAUACGCCCCAGUGUGUGCGGAGAGGAAAGACAACGAGUUAUACGGCGCACUAAAGCAUGAGACAGUCUCGCUGCACUGCGCGGUCGACGCUAACCCAGCACUGGUCUCCUUUCAUUGGACAUUCAACAACUCAGGGGAACAGACAGACCUACCGCCCAGAUUGUACAACAGCCACGGCAACAUGUCCACCCUCAACUACACGCCGACCAGCGACAUGGAGUAUGGCACGCUGGCCUGCUAUGGCGAGAACUCCGUAGGCCAGCAGAAGGUGCCCUGUCUAUUCCAGCUCGUCAUAGCUGGUCGGCCACUACAACUGCAGAACUGCUCUGUGGCGAACCAGAGUGUAGACGCGCUAUAUGUAGAGUGCGUGGAAAGCUUCGACGGUGGCUUGCCGCAGACCUUCCUUCUGGAGCUACUGGAAUUACCUUCGCUUAAGGUGCGCUACAACGUUACGACGAGCCGCAGCCCGCCAUCGUGGGAAGUGCGCGGACUGCCUGCAGGCGCGCGCUACCGGCUCGACCUGUACGCUGUAAACGCGAAGGGCCGCAGUGACGUCACCACCAUAGAGACAGUCACGCUCCGGGGUCAGGCCAAGUACACUGGCGAGAGCAAUGCGCUGGGCAUGUCGCCUGUUCUCGCGUCGGUGGCGGCGAUGUCGGCGCUGCUGGCCAGUGCGGUGUGCGGCGCGCUGGCGGUGCUAUACCGCAGACACGUCGCGCGCCACAGGCACUUGCCCGCCAAGCACGCGCCCUUGAGCGAAGCAAUGUACGGCGAGCGCGCGGGGCAGUGCCCGACGCCGGUGAAGUCGGAGCCGGCGCUGGCCAGCCCGGGAGAGGCGCGCGGCCCGUUGCUGCGUUCGCCAGACUCCAGGGAGGCGGACGACGCCGACCCUGACAUCAUACCUAGUCUUUAUGAACGGAGGCCGGUUUCGAACGGCUACAUGAGUCUGCAGCGGCCGCCGACGGCCAGCAAACCCAGUAAUCCGGGCGAGGAGUCCGAGCCUGACGCUGCCGGCUUUUACGCCGACCUCAGGAAAAAAGAUUAUAAGAUACCUUUAACUAGUUCGUACCAUAGUUUAGGGCGCGCGCAUAAAGGCGGCGUGGCGUGCGGGGCGGGCGCGGGCGCGACGGUGACGUCAUCGCUUACGGCGCACCGGUUACGUCCCGAGGUCGUGACGACGUCGCACCGCGUUCAGGAGAGUUGUAUAUAAGACCACAUAUUGGAGGCACUGCAAGACAUUUUGAUAUCACUUUAUAAUUGUCAAACGUUUUACAAAUGUACUCUCUUAAUUGGAAAUGCGAACCC